GUUUUUGUGUUUAUAUUUUACCAAAUCAGAAAAAAUUAUUUGGUAAAUCACUAAGUGACAUUAAAUUGGAAGGAGAUGUCACAAUUAGUAGACGUCAUGCAAUAAUUUCUGUAGAACCAACAGAGGAAUCACAGACACAAUAUAAAUGUGUUAUUAAUGAUAUAUCUAAAUAUGGAACAUUUAUUAUAAGAGAUAAGAAGAAGGAAAAAUUGCUUACUGAUAAAAAAUUUAUUUUGAAAGCUGGUGAUAUAGUACAGUUUGGUCUAAAGGAGUCUACUUUUGUAGUAUUAUGCUAUUCAUUCGUAAUUGCAAAGUCCAGUUUGAAUGAAGAAGAUUUGAGGAAAUUGAAUGAUAUCGUUUCCAAUUUGAAAGCAAAAUUGUCAGAGACUUGGGAGGACUCUUGCACCCAUUUGACAGUAGCUAAAAAUACAUUAUUUACUACAAAAUUUGCUUGUGCAUUGGCAUCUGCCAAACCUAUAGUUACAAAUGCAUAUUGGGAAGCAGUAGAUACAGCCGUCAAAGAAUCCAAAGAAUUACCAAAAAUAGAAGAUUUUCUCCCAAAAGUAAAAGAAGAAUGGUUGAAAGUUUGCUCAAAUUUAUUUCUACCGAAUGAAAAGCGUAGCACACUGUUUAAAGGUCUCUCGUUUGUGCAUUUUUGUACCAAACAAUAUUUUGCAUAUGCAUCAUUAAUUACUGCAGCAGGUGGUAAAUCGUGUGUAUAUCCUACGAAGAGACCUCUUACUCCUCGAGACCUCACUGCAAAAAAUGCCAUUGUCAUACAACAGCCUACUAAUGAUUCUUCACAACUCACUCAAGCUAUCAUAGCUGACUAUCCAGUUAUUUAUCACAAGCUACAAGGUGUCAAACGCAGAAUGAUUUCUGAUAGCGAAAUUCCACUCGCGAUUUUAUAUUGCACCACGGAAAUAUAUUGCAAUCCAAAAUAUGACUUUGCCACAUUUUUAAAACUGGAGACUCCGACAUUUGUUUCUUCUGAUGUAAUAAUCGAGAAUACACAAGAUAUUGUUAAUACUGGUACAAGACAAAUUAAAAGAAAAAUAAUUCCUGAAACUUGCGAAUCGCAAAACAAUGAAACUGUUUUAAAAAAAAUUCACUGUUCUGACGAAAAUAAAAUAAAACAUAUCUCUAGCGUCAAUAAAAGCAAUAUUGCGAUGACACAGAACACUGACAAUGUAAAAUUUAAACGCAAAAUAAUUCCCGAAACUUGCGAUUCUCAAAUAAAUAAAAAAAAUUCAAAAAAUUGUUUUUAUGGGAAUGAAUGGAAAAAUAUGUCUGACAUUAAUGAGAGUAAUAUUGCAAUGAAGAACAUGGAGAAUGCUGAUACUAAACAAAUAAAAUGCAAAAUGAUUGGCAAAACUUACGAUUCACAGAAUAAUGAGAAUAUUUCAAAAAAAAUUCUUUUUAACGAAAGUGAACAAUAUGUUUCCGACACUAGCCAAAGCAAUAUUUCUGCAAAAAUUCAAAGCAAAAAUAUUAUAAAAAGUGUUUCCUUUUCUAACGAAAGUCGAAUCGAAGCACAUUUCACGAAGAAUAAUAAAAAAGAACUUCGAAAAAUUGAAGAUAAUUGGUACAAAAAAUGUCUAAAUCAAGGAUUUACGGAUGAGAUAUUACGGAAAGAUGUACCUUGUGGAAAAAACUUUAUAAAGACGUUUAUUAUCAAACCAGAGAAGAUAUUAAGAACGGACGACUUCGUUUUAUGAUUUGCAACUGUAUAAUACAAUUUCACCAAAAAGG